UGGUAUUGCACGUGAAAUAUGGCGACACUUGGUCUUGGGAAACUGGUGUGGAGCAGAAAACUAUGGAUAUCGUGUCUCUUCGUUUUGUUCUUUCCAAACUUCAUACGAUGCGAUGAAAGAGAAGGAGACAUCCGGCUGGUUGACGGGAACAGUUCAAAUGAAGGUCGGGUCGAGAUCUUCUACAAUGGCUUGUGGGGGACAAUAUGUGAUGACAGUUGGGAUGACCUUGACGCGAUGGUGGUUUGUCGACAGCUUGGAUACUCAGACAUUGUUGUUGUAGCCAGGAGUGGUGGUACAUACGGACAAGGAUCUGACCCGAUAUACCUUGAUGAUGUCGGCUGUUCGGGAAAUGAAUCAAGGUUGACUGAUUGCAGUAAUGGCGGAUGGGGCAACCACAACUGCGGACAUUCUGACGAUGCUGCGGUACAGUGUGAAGAUAAGUUGAGAGCAAUGUCUUCAGAGAGAUAUCGGUCUAAGGUGGACAAAUAUUUACGUUUCAAGAUCAUCGCGGGAUCUGUAGGUGCGUUAUUCUUCAUCCUCGUAUGCGGGUACUGCUUUGCACGACGGUCAAAAACGAGCCCGUCAUCGAGACGAGUCAUUCGUGUGAGAGAGGCUCUCGAGUUCGAAAUUGAAAUCUGA